AGCUUACUUCUCGACGGUUCCACGUCUACAGUUGUCCCUUUACCAAGCCUUAUUUCUGCCUCGGAAAGUAAGUUUCAAAGUUUUCCUUUCUGUUAGUGCAUUGUGCAUUUGAUAAGCACAGUUUUUCACCAUUUCUUGGGACACUGACAUCCGCCAUUUUACAGUUUUCUGUAAUUCUUAAGAACUGAAAUAGAAGCAGAUCUCUAAAAUGUAAGUACACAGCGAUUGUUAGCUCAUUACGGAGAAUCCUAAGGGAAAAUUUUAGUCUUUGCAUUUUUCCACCAUGUGCCGCACGUUUUUUCGAUUUUUCUGCGACCCUCUGAGACAUUUAUACUCCAUGUAUAUCCACCUAUAGUCUAUGCCAAGCUUCUUACAUUGAAACUGAUUCUUUCGUCAAAAUUCUCAUAAAGCCUGAUGUUUGUAACUGUUUUAGGCUCUUUGGGCACUACUAUCAGCGUAUCAUCCGAGGUCACGUCUUGUAAGUAUGGCUACACAUACAUCAUUAAUUUGAGGGAUCAAAAUACCGGGGUAAGACUUUAAGUUCAUGGCGUAGUAGAGGGCAAUAUGAAUUCAAACUCUAAGUGUCUUCAAUUACUAUUAGGAGUCUUAAAUCAAGUAUGCAAGUCUUUCUACGAUGCAGUAAUAAAUAGACGGAUUUGGCUGACAUGUUUAAGUUAUUACUAAUCUCAGGAUCGUGAAAUGAUUCCUUCGGAAGAAAUAUGGUUGUGAGUCCAUCGCAUUUUAUUGUAAUAACACUUUUGUCUUAAAGUGUAUUUGAUCUUUCCACCAUUAUGACCUUUCUUUUUCUUUGGCCUAUGUAGCCGUGCCUGGCAUCCAGCCCACUCCGAGCAUAAUCCUUGACAGUUCUACGUCUGCAGUUUUCCCUACACAAUCUCUAAUUUCUGAAGGUAAGUUCUUUCCUUUGGGUGCCUUGUUUGAUGAGCAAAUUAGAACGAUUUACUUGCCCUUUCUUGGGACAUGGACUUCCGCCAUUCAACAGAUUUCUGAAAUAUUAAGAAACAGAGGCAGAUAGAUGUGUGCAAUAUGAGUACAUCGCCAUUUUAAUCUCACCAUUGGGAAUCCCAGGAAAAAAUAUUAGUUCAACUUUCCGACCAAGUGCUGUUCGUUUUUUCGAUUUUUCUGCGGUCUUCUUAGACAUUUUUACUUAAUGGGGGUCUCGAUAGCCGUCUAGAUAGAGUUAACCGAUAGCCGUACAACGGCCAAAAAUUUACCGUUAGGCGUAAAAAUUGACAUGUUUUAACCGUUAGUCGUAAAAAAAUGCUAACCGUUAAAAACCAAUUAAAAGUGACAAAAAUGGAAUGUUUUUAACCCUAAGCGUUAGCCAUAAAGUCGCCAAAAUUUUAACCGUUAGCUGUAAAAGCCAUAACCCCAUUGAGAUCCUGUUUCAUUGGAACUGUUUCGUCUCCAAUAAAAAAAUAUAAAAAAAGUGAUGAUACUUCCUAAACGUCAUGGCAAUGGAUACAGCUUCAUGUCUUAAAAUGAACGGGUUAAAAAGAAACCAAAAAAUAAGCAAGAAACGAUGGUAAAUGUUUUUAAGACUUUUAUAUAACUUAUACCUAAAGUUUAGGUCAUUUAUUUGAUAAGAUGAGAAACAAAAUAAAACGAUACCUUUUUUUACCUGGUAGACUCAGUAGAGAAGAAUAUAUCAUUCGGGAACUCCACUUUACCUCUCAAUGAGUGUUAAAGACAGUGCUGGCACAAUAAAGAACGCCCUUUCAGCGUACAACCUGUUUAAUUGAUUAUUUACGAGAGACUAGAAAUGUUGAAUCACGUUUUACUUUGAUCCAUUCAGAAAUGAUAAUCUUUUGUUGGAGAUUAAGUUCAAACUGCCUGUCUUCUUGAUCGUUCCAGGCCUAUCUCAGUCGCCAAGUAUUACACCUAGCACUACAUCAAGUAUUGGAAAAAGCUUUUCAAAUUCGUCUAUCGAG